UCAUUGCUCUGUCAUUCUCAUUUGUGAAAUGAGAAGUAAUUAUCACAUUAAAUUUGACUGAGUGACUAGGAGAGAUCCAUUAACUUUCUGCAUAAAAUGAUACUUCAUGUGACGCUCAUUUUCCUGGUAGGAAAUAUGUUUAGAAGGACUAGCUGUCUGUAACUUAGUCUGAUGCUUUCAUUAGAGAUGUCUUGUCUCACAAUAUACAUACAUAUAGGCUUUGUCUGGGGAGCUGGGUGGCUCCUGCACAGAGGAAUGCCAGUUCUUACACGCUGCAUGUUGUCACUGUAAAAGAGAGAAUCUUGGCUUGAAUGUUGACAAAACAAUCAAAAUAAAAUACAGACGAUUGCUUCUGUGUCUACCUAGGCUGGGUCAAAGGCAUGGCUAGGCCAGGGCCAUGACUGGAGAUGCCUGGAAUGCAGGGCUUAAAUAUGAGUGGAAGAUAGAUUUUUAGGGUAAGAGGUAACUAUUUUCCUUAUUUAACAUACAUAAUUAUUUCAUGUUUGGUUUUUAGGUGGCGGAGUGGAUCAGGGCCUGUGAAAUGGUCAGAAUUUGUGAUAAACUGGAGGAGCUGGCAAACUCAGAGUUAGAAAAGCCCAAUUCUCAUCUCUUUCAGCAUUGAUUUCCCCUUUAGGCCCAAGCACAAUUAACAUUUGGAGAGAUGGUCCUGAAAUAAUUUGUUCUUGUAAUAAAGUGCAUAGCUGUUUUAGUGUGUUUGAUUGAAAGAUGACUCCGACUCUGCCCUUUAUAUAUUGGAUCAAAUGGAGCUUUAAUACAGCAGCUGCCAGCAAACUACCUUUGAUUCUAAAAAUCAUCAAACCCAUACAUAGAACACUUUUGCAGACAAAUGAAGUGAAGAAGCAAACUCUGAGGGCUUCUCGGUCCAGGCACCUUGGAGGAGGAAUAUCCGUCACCAGAGUCCUGUAGAUCAGAGAGUGUUUACUGAGACUGGACUGUUUUGCAGAAGACAGGAUUUUUUGCAGUAUUUAGGGCUUCUGAGGACACAAAGAACCUGAAAGAUUGCCUGCUCAUCAUGUCUUCCAUUCUUGGGAAGAUGAAGAAAUUUGGCAGUUACGACAUGGAGGAAUCUGAAAUGACAGAUGAACACACGGAUGGGGAGGAUUCCACACUGGAAAUGCCUGACAGCCUCCAGGGUACACUCAGCACCAAGGUGCAGCCACCCAAAAGCAACAUCUUUGCAAGACGUGGGCGGUUUGUGAUGGGGGAUAGUGACAAGGAUAUGGCUCCCAUGGACUCCUUUUACCAGAUGGAUCACCUGAUGGCACCUUCUGUCAUCAAAUUUCAUGCCAAUUUGGAGAGGGGGAAACUUCACAAGCUCCUAUCAACAGAUUCCAUCACAGGCUGCUCAGAAAAAGCUUUCAAAUUUUAUGACCGCAGAAGGAUCUUUGAUGCUGUAGCUCAAGGCAACACGAGGGACCUGGAUGAUCUGCUACUCUACCUUAAUAGAACCUUCAAGCAUCUCACAGAUGAUGAGUUCAAAGAGCCAGAAACUGGGAAAACCUGCUUACUGAAAGCCAUGCUGAAUCUACAUGAUGGGAAAAAUGAUACCAUUCCCUUGCUGCUGGAUAUUGCAAGGAAAACUGGAACUCUGAAAGAGUUUGUUAAUGCAGAGUAUACUGACAACUACUACAAGGGUCAGACUGCACUUCACAUUGCCAUUGAGAGGAGGAACAUGUACCUGGUGAAGCUCUUGGUCCAGAAUGGAGCAGAUGUUCACGCAAGAGCCUGUGGGGAGUUCUUCAGGAAAAUCAAAGGGAAACCUGGCUUCUAUUUUGGGGAGCUGCCUUUGUCCCUGGCUGCCUGCACCAACCAGCUCUGCAUUGUGAAAUUCCUCCUGGAGAACCCCUACCAGGCAGCCGACAUCGCUGCGGAGGACUCCAUGGGCAAUAUGGUCCUGCACACACUGGUGGAGAUUGCAGAUAAUACUAAGGAUAAUACCAAGUUUGUUACCAAGAUGUACAAUAACAUAUUGAUCCUUGGUGCCAAAACUAAUCCAAUGCUGAAGCUGGAAGAACUCACCAACAAGAAGGGGCUGACUCCAUUAACUCUGGCAGCCAAAACGGGGAAGAUAGGGAUUUUUGCUUACAUCCUGAGACGAGAGAUCAAAGAUCCUGAGUGCAGACACUUGUCUCGGAAGUUCACUGAAUGGGCUUAUGGACCUGUCCACUCGUCUCUUUAUGACUUGUCCUGUAUAGACACAUGUGAGAAAAAUUCAGUGCUUGAGAUUAUUGCCUACAGCAGUGAAACACCAAACCGUCAUGAGAUGCUUCUGGUGGAACCCCUUAACAGGCUACUGCAAGACAAGUGGGACCGAUUUGUCAAACACUUAUUUUACUUCAACUUCUUUGUCUAUACCAUUCAUAUCACCAUCCUCACUGCAGCUGCUUACUACAGACCUGUAGAGAAGAAGGAAAAGCCUCCCUUCACGUUUGGUCACAGCACUGGGGAGUAUUUUCGAGUGACUGGAGAGAUCCUGAGUGUCCUGGGAGGUCUCUAUUUUUUUUUCAGAGGGAUACAGUAUUUCAUGCAGAGGCGCCCGUCACUCAAGACGCUGAUAGUUGACAGCUACAGUGAGGUUCUUUUCUUUGUUCACUCCUUGCUCCUCCUGAGCUCUGUGGUGCUGUACUUCUGUGGCCAGGAACUGUACGUGGCUUCCAUGGUCUUCUCCUUGGCUCUGGGCUGGGCUAACAUGCUGUACUACACCCGUGGCUUCCAGCAGAUGGGUAUUUACUCUGUCAUGAUUGCCAAGAUGAUCCUUAGAGAUUUGUGUCGCUUCAUGUUUGUCUAUCUAGUGUUCCUCUUGGGAUUUUCUACAGCUGUGGUGACUUUGAUUGAAGAUGACAAUGAGGGACAAGACACAAACAUCUCUGAACAUGCCCGAUGCUGCCACAUGAAACGAGGCCGCACGUCUUACAAUAGUCUCUAUUACACCUGCUUGGAGCUUUUCAAGUUCACUAUUGGGAUGGGGGACCUGGAGUUUACAGAGAACUACAGGUUCAAGUCUGUGUUUGUGAUCCUUUUGGUUCUCUAUGUCAUCCUUACCUACAUCCUUUUGCUCAACAUGCUUAUUGCACUCAUGGGGGAAACUGUGAGCAAGAUUGCACAGGAAAGCAAGAGCAUCUGGAAACUCCAGAGAGCCAUCACAACCCUGGAUAUUGAAAACAGCUACUUGAACUGUGUGAGGCGCUCCUUCCGGUCUGGGAAGCAAGUCUUGGUGGGGGUAACACCUGAUGGGCAAGAUGAUUACAGAUGGUGCUUUAGGGUUGAUGAAGUGAACUGGUCCACGUGGAAUACCAAUCUGGGCAUAAUCAACGAAGACCCUGGGUACUCUGGGGACCUCAAACGAAAUCCCAGUUACUCUAUUAAGCCUGGCAGAGUUUCAGGGAAAAACUGGAAAACAUUGGUUCCACUCUUAAGAGAUGGGAGCAGGAGAGAAGAGACUCAAAAACUACCAGAAGAAGUCAAAUUAAAACCUAUUUUGGAACCUUAUUAUGAGCCAGAAGAUUCUGAAAUGUUGAAGGAGUCACUUCCAAAGUCAGUCUAGACUUGUUUUAUUUUUAAGGUUAAUUCUAGUUGCCUCUGUUGGUCCUCACAAGCAGGGAAGUUGGAACACUUCAUUCAUAAGAACAGGGCUUUUUGGGGAAAAGUCAGAGAACUUAGGAAAUGACUGUGUG